AUGGCCCGCUUUGGUGGACACGCUCUCCGCGACUUGGCCCGCGGUGUGGUGGGAGCUGCCAUUGGCAUCCGGUCCGACGUCGACCCGACUCCGGCCGAUGUCGAGGCCCAGGCCGUCCCAACGGAGACCCCGGCACAGGACACUACCGUGGCUCCGGACCCGGCCCCCUCCGCGGAUCCACCUGCCACCCCGUCCCAGCCCCCGGCCAAGCGUGGUGCCGAUUUUCUCGCGCCCCAAAAGCAGCCUCCCAGCCACCCCCCUACGACUGGUGGCCUGCCAGCUGCUCCCGCCGGACCCUCUAAGAAGAAAGCCAGCUUUCCUCCGGCCCGGCCUUCCACCCCCUCUUUCCCCCCCGCCAAGCCGGCGGCUGCUCCAUCCGAAGCGGCUCCCAAGGCUCCUGCGGCAACUGCCAAGGCCGCUCCGCCGCCCCUCGAGAUGGACCUGUCCGUUCUUUGCACUCUGGACGAUGAUGCCAUUUACCGGUCCCUGGCCGACUUGCCACCGUCCCAGGUGACUGGACUUCUUUGUUUGAUCGCGGAGGUCGCCCAGGACGUCACCUAUGCCAUGGGCAACCUGGGCCAGCUUGACGUCGAGGUUCCGGUCGCGCACAUGUCCCAGACCGGCCCGCCUCCGAACCGAGGACGCUAUCCGCAGACUACGCGUGGUGACCUCGCACCGGUGCCGGCCGGUCCGCGCUUUCCGGACCAACAGGCAGCCGACGCCAUCCAUGCCGGUCUGGACCAGAACGAUGGCACCAGGCCCUCCGAUGGCAACUCGGCCCAGCCGACCCCACCCGGUGCUGGUGGUGAUUCCGGUGGCCUCCGUGUCCUGCCCGGUUUCGCCCGCCCGCGCCAGGCCCUCCUUACGGACACGUCGGCCAUCGACCCGAAUGCGCCCCUGGUCCACUCUGAUCCCAACCGCCCCGGCUGCACUCCGGUCUUUGUGGAUCGGGGCCAACUCACCCCGCGCCGGGCCAAUACCGGCCCCUGGACCAUCAGCGAAGGCUGGGAGCGCCUGAGCAUCUUCCUGCCCGAGACGCCCGGCCCGUUCAUCCGCACGGACUCCUGGCCCUGGCCCGACCUCUUUUGCUUUGAGGAGCAGGACUUGCCAAGCUGGGCUCCGCUUCAGGAGCCUCCGUCGGUUUUGUCUCACCUGCACAUUCGCGGCUACUGCUCGCAUGAUUGUCCGGCCAACAUCGAGCUGGAGACCAUCGAGGAUGCGCCGGUACCUGUGCAUCCGCCGGUGGCCCCUGCGGGCAACCCGGCCUUGGCAUCUGACCUUGGAGCUUGGCGACCGCUGCACCCUGUUUUUGCAUACCAAGCUGGUACCCGCGCCUCGGGAACUCCAAGCACGUGCCAUCGCGAAAAAUGCCCCCAGCACUUUGCAGCUUUACUUGCGUUCCUGGUCUGCCUGGGUCCGGCACUGUAUCCGCCCGGUGCACUCCCGUCCUGGCUUCAGCUGACUUCCGCCCCUUCUGGCCUCUCUACCACCAGUUUCAAGGCCUUGAGUUGGAUGGCCAAGGUGGCGGGUUUGCCAUCUAUACAGGUACAGUUGCACACUCCGCUCUGCUCCGCGUUUCUCUCCUCGACCGGCCCGGUGGAAAAGCGUGAAGCAUUGCCUCUUUCCGUGUCCUUUGUCGUCUGGCUCGAACGGUCCGUCAUGGAUCCCACGACUCUGCUUGCCGAGGUCCUGCUUCGGGGCUCGGUCCUGUGCCUGAUUUGGUCGUCUCUUCGUUGGAACGACGGCCUUUGGUCUCCCCCGUCCCGGGUGAUACUGCAAUCCGGCUCCACUGCCCUGACCGGUGUCGCCACCCGCACUAAAAGCUGCCGGGCCAACAUGCCGUGGGGUUGCCAGCUCUACGGGUUGACAGGCUCGCCGUCCGCUUGUUGGGGCAUAUCCUGGCUUAACGCCCUUCAGCAGUGCCUGUCCGACACCAAACGCAUGUUCCCGGACCGCACGGUGGAUUUCUUGCUUCCGGUCCUCGGGCCUGACCCUGCCUCUCCGGUGUUUGUCUCUCCUUUGCACCGGUCCCGCGCCAUGCCCUGGCUCCGGGCCCUCCUGCAAGAACACUGGCACCUGCACUCCCCCGAGGCCUGCCCGCCUGAGCACUCCAUGUAUGGGGUUCACAGCUGCAAGGCCACUGUCCUAUCCUGGGCCAGGCAGCUUAACCUUGACCCUGAGCUUCGCCGUCUGCAAGGCCAUCACCGUCCGUCCUCCAUGGAAGGCUCCGUUCGGGUCUAUAGCCGAGACGAUAUAGGCCCAAUGUUAUCGUUGCAGGCUGAGGUCAUUAACCGAAUCCGGUCCGGCUACCGCCCCCUUCAGCCAGUGGGCCGCGGUUCUAGCAAACCAUUGCCUGACUUUCGGGUGUCCUUGCCGCCACCUGAUAGCAACAUGGGCGGCAUGGCGCCUCGGGAACGCUCUGGCCGAUCGCGCUCCCCCCGGCGCCGUCCGGAGCCGGAUGAAGAGGAAGUGGAAAGCACUGACCUCUCCGAUGACAGCUCCGACUCCGAACAAUCCGGGGCCUCGGGUUCGGACGAUGACUUUGCCAAGCCUCGGCCCCCUCGCUCCCAACAGCGAGAGCCCAGCAUGAAUGGAUUUCUGCAUAACCCUCGCAGCAACGUCUUGCACCGUCCCGUUCCGUGCCCGCCCGACACUGCAAAGUCCGUACGCGUGCAUGGUGCUCCGCCCCGCCUGCGGGUGCCCAGCUCUGCCUCCGCCGUCCUCACUGUAAAGGGUUUCAAGACCAUCGCGACCAUUGCCUAUGCUAUCCCUCCGGAUGGCUCCCCUGACGACUGGAUUCGCGUCUUGUGGCCUCCGGCAGACCCCAACGACACCUCGGCCAGGAUCACACCAUCUGCCAGUUUUGCACGACGCCUUCUGGUGCAGGCGCGCGACCUUGUGCAUCCGGCACCUGCCCCGUCGACCCCUGCCUCGGCCGGGAGCGCUCCGCCUUCCCUGCCCGGCCCAAAAAUCACGGCCGAAGCGGCGGAGCUGCUGCGUCAAAAGUUCAUUGAGGCCUAUCCGGGAGAAAUCCUCUCCCCGUCCAACACACCCAGUUUGGAAUUUCUCAACCGCCUCCGCUCUGAGUUGGACAAGCCAACAACCCUGUGGAUUCCGUGGCGCUUGAGGACAUCUGAGCAUGACGUUCAGACGUUCUAUGAACAUCGCCGACCCAGGUCGGACAACCAGCUCCUCCGCUCCUUAUUGGAUGAUGUUCCGGACCCGGUUGUGGCUCACGCGUCCGUGCCUAACUCAGGUCCCGUUGAGCCCCUGCUUCGCCGCCACUUUGGGAUUCUGGUCACGGCCUUGGCUUUCCUGGGUGACCUGCACCUCCGUAUCGGCAAGAUUUUUGCUGAGUCUUUCAUUGCAUCCGCUACGGCUGUCCCUCUGGAUCCUUCCCUCCGGGCACCAUCUCUGCAAGAAGUACUCGCAGCCGACCGGUCCAUCUGGGCUGCCGUUGGCACACUGAUGCGAGAUGAGAAGUGGUCGCUGGCUGAUUCCAUUCAUGAGGUUUCCGUCACCCGGCACAUGAUUCCGACUUUGUUGUGUGCCCGGCCUCGGUCCAUGCCUGCCCCUCCGGUCCGGGAACCCACCCGCACUGGGGGUACGGCCGACACGUCACAGCCAGCUAAGCCUGACCGGCCCACGAAGCGUCUCAAAACCGACGGCAAACCGGAAAAACCGACCGGCAAAGCCAAAGCAGAUGCCAAAAAGCCGGCCGGCAAGAAACCCGUCAAGGACCUGUGGGAAGAGUCGUGGCAUGAGGUGGACGAGAAUGGCAAGGAAAUUUGCAAACGCUUUGUGCUCGGCCGUUGCAAAUUGGAUUCCUGCUCGUCCCCUGAUGCCCUGGCCGAUGAAGCCGUGCGUAUUUUCUCCUCUGAUGAGGAGAUGUCAAAUCACGCCCCGGCUGAGUCCGUGGCUCAGGCGGCCCCUGCCUCGGAGUCGGUCCGACUCAGAAGUCGCUCGCCGCACCGCCCGGUUCUCCGAUACUCCUUCUCCUUUGCCCGCCCACCCUUUCAAGGGGCCCGUCCUGGCAUGCAUCCCCCCUCCCCGUGUGCACGCCCUGCCAAGGAGACAGCUCCAUCCUUGGAUCGGGCCCCCCCUUCCACUUCCCCAGCCGAUCCUCCUGUUCGCCCGGCACUGUUUCUGGACUUGUUCUCAGGCUGCUCGGCCCCGCUCUCUAAAGCAGUUUCCAAUCUUGGCCUCGACCGCAUUGCCCCUAUAGACGUGCUUCAUGGGGAACAGGUGGACUUGCUUCUGCCCCAGCAUCAGUCGUCCAUGCGGAAAUUGUGCUCGUCUGGCCUCGUGCGUGUGGCUGUUGCCGCCCCACCCUGCUCCAGCUUUAGCCGUGCACGCCUUAAACCCGGUGGCCCGCCUGCAGUCCGGACACCAGCACACCCUCACGGCAUUCCCGCUCCUUCCCAGCGCCAGCAGGCUGAACUGCAACGUUCCGACAAGCUGCACGAGCUCUGUCGGGAGCUCCUCACUCUCGUGCUUCUCUCGGGCGGUCUGGUUAUUCUUGAAAACCCAUCUAGCAGCUUGUUGUGGCUCACCGACCCGUGCAAAGCGUGGAUCCGUCACCACUGCCUGUCCGCCGUGGAAGUUGCCGCUUGCAAUUUUGGCAUGAAUGCUAAAAAGAGCUGGACUUUUGUCUCAAACUUGGCGGACCUCUCCUCUCUGGCCUCGACCUGCUGCCACCCGCCAGGCACUCACCCGCCUUUGACAGGCAAGCGUGACUCGUCCGGUGCCUUCCUUACACGGACCACUGCCUGCUACCCGGACGGUCUCUGCGAGCGCGUUGCGGCACUGAUGGCACCAUAUCUCUCCCGGUCUGUGGGCCCAGUCCCGUUCCUCUCCUGGGAAACGGCUCUUCUUGAGCCUCAUCUCUGCUGGCCACUUCCUUCCUCCCGGAUUGAAGAUGGUGCAGGUUCGUGCUCCACUGCUUCCUGGUCCAAACCGUCCGGCCCCGACACCAUUGGCCCCCUGCGCAAACUUUGGGUUCAGCGCAUCCUGUCCGGGGAUUUCCUUGCCAAGUUUCGCGCUCGGCUGGCAUCCGGCUCCAAGGAUGCCCCGAUUUCUGAGUCCGAACUGGUACCUUUCUUGGGUGACUUGCGCUCCUUCCUGGGUCUGGCGGCCACUGACUUUGAUACACUCCUUUCGGUCCCUCCGGGCCAACCGUUCCGCCUGUUCCUCCUGGAUGCGCUGCUCCAGCUCUCGCGCGAUCCGGAUCGACCCUUUGUGGACUUGCUACUUGAGGGAGUUCCUCUUGGUGUUGACGAACCUAUGCCUGCCUGCCCUACACUGUUCCCUGCUUCCGCCCCCAAGGACCCAUCCAUGGACUUACAGCAUUGUUCCUCCUCCUGGGGAUCAGCUCUUUCCGACCUGUCCACUGUUGACUCCCUUCUUCAAACCGAAGUUUCUGAAGGAUGGGUGCGGGAGGUUCCAGGCGGUCUUGACAGCCUCACCGCCACCUAUGCUCGUACAGCCGUGGGGAAGCUUGGACUUGUUAAGGCCCCCGACCGUGACCCCCGCCUGGUGGUGGAUUCCAGCGUUUCCGGUGUUACAGAACACACCGCUCUUCCCAAUAAGUCUGCGAACCCGACCAUCUCGGGCCUCCGUCGCUGCUUUCCUCUCCGUCUGGCCCUGGAACAGCUCUUCGCACUUAUCCUGGAUGUCAGCAAGGCUCAUCGGCGCAUACUGAUCCGGGCCGCCGAUCAAGGCCUUCUUUGCUUUUUCCACCGCGGCCGCCUAUUCCAGUGUCUGACAUUGAAUUUCGGCGCACGCGCGUCCGGCUUUUACUGGGCACGUUUGGCGGGGAUCCUGUCACGCCUCAUGCAUCGGCUUCUGUUCAUCCGCCAUGCCUUGCUUAUCUAUGUCGAUGACCUGAUCUCCCUCCUUUCCGGUCCGUCCGCGCCAGUGUGGGCCGCUGUGCUAUGUGUGUUCCUUCUUGUGCUUCGUGUCCCAAUGAGUUGGCACAAAGCCUACUUGGGCGCACGGCCGACUUGGAUUGGUUGGUCUAUGUCCUUGGAAACCUUUACCGCCACGCUUGAACCACCGAAGUUGGCCCGUCUCCGCCUUCUGAUUUCUUCAGCCCGUUCCGGGGAGGCGAUUCCACUACACCUGCUUCGCAAACUCACGGGCAAACUUCUUUGGGUUUGUUCCCUGUUUCGCCCAUUCCGGCCGUCCCUUGCACCGCUUUAUCGGGACCAAAGCCUACCUCCACUUGUUCACGUUGCUGUGGCCCCCUCCAAGUGGGAAUCCUUCCGUGCAGCCCUGUCCAAAGACCUCGUGCUCACGAAAUCUGUUGGUCUGGCCAGUUGCCCCCAGGGCUGCACCCUGGUCAGUGUGGCCUCCCGUGCUGUUCAUACACUGAAGGAUGUUCCUCUCCACUUUGCCGGUGAGCGACGACUCUGGAUCUCUGUCCGCUCCCCUCCUGACUCCGACCGGAAGCUCUCACAGGAAUCUAAAGCUGUCUUGGACCUUUGGCACUCCUGCCUGUGUCAGUCCAUCCCGCUCUUCCCGCUGUCUCUCGCUCCGCUGUUAACUUGCGAGGCGUUUGCUGACUCCUGUGCCGACAGCAAACACGCGGGCCUGGGCGGCUUCGUGGCCUUUCCCUCCGGCCGCACGGUAUGGUUCCGCUCCGCCUUAUCUCCUGCGGAGCUUGCUCGACUUUGUGCUUGGUAUUCCCCUGACAUUUCCCCUCAGAAAUUCAUUGCUGCCUGGGAACUCCUUGGCCAAAUCGCGCUUCUGUGGUGCGUUGCCCUCGUUGUCCCGGCCGCUCACCACCCUGUUCACUUCGUCAGCCGCUGUGACAACAGCCCUUCCGAAUCGGCCUCCUGGAAAGGCCUCUCUACUGCCCGCGGUAUGUGUGACCUAUUGCACUCCUACCUGUUAUGGCAGCGUCAUUUCUGCAUUUCCGCACAUAUCGACCAUGUUCCGGGGUUCCGUAACAAAAUUGCUGACGCCCUGAGCCGGUCCCGCGACCCGGGCACCUUGGGACUCAAUCCUGCCGAUGAGAUCCUGGUCCCUUGGCAUCUGUUGAGCCGUCCUCCGCGGCCGUGUUACUCUCCUGCGUCCGCCUUCAACCGUGACCUCUUCCCGGCAUUGGACUUCUGA